AUGUCAUCAUCAUCAUCAUUAUCAUUCAACAACAAAAACGUAUUGGGAAAGAGUACUACUGGGUUACUCUUUGAAAACUAUAUAAAAGAACAACAAGCAAAAAAGAAUGAAAAUAUACAAGACCGAUUGUUUAUAGGUGAUCCUUUGAUAGAGGACAUUAGAUCAAAACAACAAGACAAGGAUCAUGACAUAUCAUUGUCAGAGGCAACCCUCUACUCUAUAGAACAAGAGCUGCAAGCCCUAGAUUUCAAACGCAACAAAUUAUUGACUGGAUUGUCAACUCUGAAACAAGAAAGAUUACAACUUGACAAAUCAAUGGACAACUGUAAAUCAAAUAUCUUACAUAAAUGGCAUAAUCUAUCUAUAAAGAAUGGUUUAACAACUGUAACAACAAAUAAUCAAAAUAAUCAAAAUAAUCAAAAUAAUCAAAAUAAUAAUCAAAAUAAUAAUAAUAAUGAAAAUAAUAAUAAUAAUAAUCAACAUUCAGAUAUAACAUUUGAAGAAUUACCAUCAAUAUCAACAAUAUUACCAACUGAAUUAUUAUUAAAUAUAUUGGAAUAUCUUACAUUUAAUGAUAUUAAUUUCUCUGUGACUAGAGUAUGUAAACUAUGGCAUCAUCUAUCACUGAGUGAUAGUAUUUGGAAGAAUCUAUUCCACAUUCGAUGGAAUACUUUGGAUAUUCAUCACCAAAACGAUAGUAAACCAUUAAAGGCCAUUCCAUCGUCAUUUUGGUCAUCCACUCCUAUUCUCCCACCUUCACAAGCACCUCAAUCCCUUAUCCUCCCCAAUAGUCGGUACAAUAGUAAUAGCAACAAUGUUGGAGGUAUUGCCUAUGACGGUAGAAACGUUAAUCGCAAGACACCACAAUCUGCCAUCUUUCCACCAACCAAUCGUAGCAGCAACAGGCAACACCACAACAACAACCAAGAGGCAGUGGACAAUACAGCAGUGUCAUGUGAAGUUUUCAACUCUCAUCUUUCAAACUCUGUCUCUGACGAUGAUAUUAUGACAGAGGAUGAUGAUGACUCUUCUGCCACUUGCUCUUACAAAUUCAUCAAGCGAAUUAGAAUUGAUUGGAGAGAAUUGUAUCUCAAGAGACAAAAGAUCGAACACAACUGGUGGAACAAUAUAUGCAAGCCUAAAAAGUUUAUUGGACAUGAUGAUUGGGUUACAUGUAUGCAGUUUGAUGGAAAGAUGUUGGUGACUGGGUCGUGGGACUCAAGUCUCAAAUUGUGGAAUAUUGAAACGGGUGAAUGUUUGGUAUUGUCAUCGGCUGACAUUCCAAGUGGACACAGUGCAGGUAUUACUUGCAUGCAAUUCCGUGGCACAAAGUUGAUUAGUGGUAGCUCAGAUUCGACACUGCGUAUUUGGGAUUUGACAACGGGUGAGUGUCUGCAUGUGCUGCGCGGCCAUACCGACGGUGUGAGUUGUCUGACCAUUGUCGACGACAACACCAUUGUCAGUGGUUCGUUGGACAAUACUAUCAAUUUGUGGUCAAUAGAGACGGGACGCCUGCUCUACAGCUUCACCAACCACAUCUCUUCGAUUACUUGUCUCUACUACAACAACAAAAACAACCUAUUGAUUAGCGGAACAGUAGGUGGCACCCUCAACGUCAUAGACUUGCCCUCACGUAUCGUAUUGCAGACAUUGCAUGGACACAGCGACCGUAUCACCUCGAUUCAAUGGUGGGAUGGUCCAGAUGGAGAAAGAAUCAUCAGUAGUUCGUGGGACUACACACUGCGUGUUUGGAACAUUCAAACUGGCAAGGCAGUGCACGUGCUGUCUGGUCACAGCUUCCGUGUUCGUUGUACCCACGUUCGUGGAAAUAUCUUGGUCAGUGGAUCGUGGGACACCACCGUCAGAGUGUGGGAUCUCAUCACUGGCAAGUGCAUUCACACACUCCAUGGACACAGCUUCAAUGUAUGGGGUGUUCAAUUUGAAGGAAGACGUCUUGUAACGGCUAGUUGGGAUCAAAAGGUUAAAGUUUGGGAUAUGGAAACUGGGAAACUCCUUUAUACCUUGGAUGGUCACUCUGAUUCUAUCAUUUGUCUACAAUUCAAAGGUAGUAAAUUGGUUACUGCUGCCAAAGAAAUUAUCGUUUAUGAUUUUGAUCUUUAA